UCUUGGAGAGUCCCACCAGCUCGGGGCCAGGCCUUUUGUGGGAUUGCUGGACCAGCCUGGAACCCCACCCGACCCAAGCCCACCUGCCACGGGCCAGCACCUGGUCAUGACCAUCACCUACACCAGCCAAGUGGCCAACGCCCGCCUGGGCUCCUUCUCCCGCCUGCUGCUGUGCUGGCGAGGCAGCAUCUACAAGCUGCUGUACGGCGAGUUCUUCAUCUUCCUGCUCUGCUACUAUGCCAUCCGCUUCAUUUACAGGCUGGCCCUCACGGAAGAGCAGCAGCUGAUGUUUGAGAAGCUGACUCUGUACUGCGACAGCUACAUCCAGCUCAUCCCCAUUUCUUUCGUGCUGGGCUUCUACGUGACCCUGGUGGUGACCCGCUGGUGGAGCCAGUACGAGAACCUGCCAUGGCCCGACCGCCUCAUGUGCCUGGUGUCGGGCUUCGUCGAGGGCCAGGACGAGCACGGCCGGCUGCGGCGGCGCACGCUGAUCCGCUACGCCAACCUGGGCAACGUGCUCAUCCUGCGCAGCGUCAGCACCGCGGUUCUCCCCCCACCCUGUUCAUUCUGCUCUGCAGGCUUUAUGACCCCCGCGGAACACAAGCAGCUAGAGAAGCUGAGCUUACCACACAACAUGUUCUGGGUGCCCUGGGUGUGGUUUGCCAACCUGUCCAUGAAGGCCUGGCUUGGAGGUCGAAUCCGGGACCCCAUUCUACUCCAGAGUCUGAUGAACGAAAUGAACACCUUGCGUACUCAGUGUGGACAACUGUAUGCCUAUGACUGGAUCAGUAUCCCACUAGUGUACACACAGGUGGUGACUGUGGCCGUGUACAGCUUUUUCCUGACCUGCCUGGUGGGGCGGCAGUUUCUGAACCCAGCCAAGGCCUACCCUGGCCACGAGCUGGACCUCAUGGUGCCCCUCUUCACGUUCCUGCAGUUCUUUUUCUACGUUGGCUGGCUGAAAGUGGCAGAGCAGCUCAUCAACCCCUUUGGAGAAGAUGAUGAUGAUUUUGAGACCAACUGGAUUAUUGACAGGAACUUGCAGGUGUCCCUCAUGGCCGUGGAUGAGAUGCACCAGGACCUGCCUCGGAUGGAGCCUGACAUGUACUGGAACGAGCCAGAGCCCCAGCCCCCCUACACGGCUGCCGCUGCCCAGUUCCGUCGGGCCUCCUUUAUGGGUUCCACCUUCAACAUCAGUCUGCACAAAGAAGAGAUGGAGUUCCAGCCCAACCCAGAAGAGGAUGAGGAUGCUCACACUGGCAUCACUGGCCGCUUCCCAGGCCUGCAGUCCCAUGACCACUAUCCUCCCAGGAUAAACUCAAGGACCAAACUCCUGUGGCCCAAGAGGGAAUCCUUUCUCCAAGAGGGCCUGCCCAAGAACCCCAGGGGGGCCAAACAGAGCCUGAGGAGCCAGGAAGAUAGCAAGGCCUGGAAGCUGAAGGUGGUGGACGCCUUCAAGUCUGCCCCGCUGUACCAGAGGCCGGGCUAUUACAGCGCCCCCCAGACACCCCUCAGCCCCAUUCCCAUGGUCUUCCCCCCUGAACCACCGGCAUCCUCAAGGCUUCCCAGUGUCACAGGCAUCGAUGCCAAAGACAAAAGUCUAAAGCCUGUGACUUCUGGGGCCAGGAACAGUUUUGAAUUACUCCCAAAGAGUGAUGGGGACUUGACCGAGCACCCGGAAGUAUCUCACAUGAGGAGGAAGACUGUGGAGUUCAACCUGACGGAUAUGCCCGAGAUUCCCGAAGGUCCCCUCAGUGAACCACCUUUGGAACAAGCCACCGGCAGCAAGUACACUAUACUCCAAGAUCAUGCAGACCCUUAUUGGUCCUUGGAAGACAGGGAUGAAGCCCAUUCCUAACCUGUGACCCAAGGGGGAUGCUUCACCGGCCUGGUCGUCACCUGCAUGUACACCAGCAGGACACUGAUCCAGUCAUAGCCAUACAGCUGUCCACGCUGAAGAAUAUGUUCCGACGACAGCCUGAAUUUACCAGUUAGCUUAACGGAUAACGAAAAUUAGUAGUCCAGGACUACUCCAGCCUUUAAAUGCCUUUUCUACAUAAAGAUUGUGAUAGAAUGAACCACUAGAAAUAUAUAAUUC